UAUAUAGGUAUUAAUAUAUAAUAUUGUAAACGGGUUUAGCGACUUUUAGUUAGCAUUUAGUUAGCAAUGUUUCGGUUUUUGCACUUAUAUUCUUUUUAGAAUACUUUUCUACCGAAUGAGCAAAAAGAAGCCGUUCCCUGGUGCUGCAGUUCCCUAGUCGUAAUCAAAUCUCUGCUGUUCUGCUCCUCACCGCAAACUCGUUUUAAAUGUGGCGGUUUGCAUCAUUAGAGAAGUGACGACGUGGGAGGCGCAACAUUAAUCCUCAAUAUGAUGUUAAGCACGACUUCAUAAACAACAAAGGGAUGGGAAAGACGCCUGUGGUGACUCCUCAGCAGCUAACGAGAGGACGGUAGUGACGGUUAAGGAGCGAGGUUGAACAGCCGUAUGCAAUGAAGAAGUUAUUGAGCUUUACUAAGAAAAAGAAGAGCUGUGGCACCUCAGACAAUGUCAGCGCUCUUUCUGAUGGCUACGACUUGAAAGACAAGGAUUUGGGGAAGAUUCACAGGGCUGUCUUCCAGGGUGAUUUGGCCAAGCUGAAGCCGCUGGCUAAGAAGUGCGAUAUCAAUCAACUUGACAAGGAGAACAGAACUCCGCUUCAUAUUGCGUGUGCUACCGGUCAUGAUGAAGUGGUUCAGUUCCUCAUUGAUAGCAAUGCCAAACUUAACCUGCGUGACAAUCAAAACAGAUCCGCCCUAAUGAAGGCAGUAGAAGGCCAGCAUGAACGCUGUGUGGCCAUAUUGCUGGAAAAUCACGCCGAUCCAAAUCUUGCGGACGUCAACGGCAAUACGGCCCUCCAUCUAGCAGCGAACAUCCCCUCCAUUCCCACAGCGACACGUCUGUUGCAGCACGGGGCGGAAAUUAACGCGCAAAACAAGGAGGGGUUCGCCCCAUUGACCGUCGCGAUCCGUGAAGACCGUAUUGAAAUGGCCGAGUUUCUCCUGAAAGAGACAGCUGAUGUGAAUUGUCUUGACCACGAACAAAGGUCCGCCUUGAUGCUAGCUGCCAGCAGCGGUCAACACAGUAUGGUAAAGCUUCUCCUGCAGUUCGAUCCAGACAUCACCCUUCAGGACAAAAAGGGGUGGACAGCUGAUGACUACGCACAAAAAAAUGGGCAUCAUAGUUGUUGCCUCCUAAUCACAGAGUAUAGUACCAAGAGGACACGUAUCACAUCAGCAUCACGUCCAGGUCCAUACAAGAAGAAAAAACCACCAAGCAUUCCCUUCCAUGAUCCUGAACCACGCUUUUCCUUGGGAGGACCAGCCACUGAUAAAGAGCUUGGGACAAAUGAAGCAGGGGGAGAUUUAGAAGACAAUUCAUUGUCAGAGUCAGUCAGUCGAGCUUCUAAAAGUGCUAAUGAUGAAUGGCCCUCAACAGAAGAUGAUGAUGACUCCUCUGCGGGAAAGAAACCACUUAAAGUGAACCUAAGCCGAAUUUUGGCAUCUAAAAUGGGAGAAGCUCCUGUUCCACCCGACAUUUCCCUGAGUGACGCAGAAUCAGAGCCACUACGUAAAACUAGUGUCCCAGUAGAUUCCUCUACAGUUCCAUUCCUUUACAAAUCACCUCUUCGUAUCUCCAGAAAGAAACAAAAUUUUACUGAAGAUGAAAAAGCCAAUGACAGAAAAGGACGGGAUGAACAAGAAUCAUCGAAUACUGAAAAUAAAUCUCAAGACAGUGGGGACGUCCAUGAUGGAGUUCUGACUGUUCCCAAAGUAGAAGUUGGUAAAGAUAAAAAAAGAGACUUCCGGUUAGAACUGGGUCUGAAGAAAGGGGAAGGAGACGAGAGUUCAUGGGACUCUGAGUCAAACUCUGAACUUUCCAACGUACCGCAUAAGGAAGGGGCCAAUCUGCACAGCCCAAAUAAAAAGGGAGCAGCUCCUGUGGAAGAUUCACUCAAAGAAACUGGAAGUGACAGUAAGGACAAUCAAAGGAAGCUUCCAAAGGAAGACAAUGCUGUACAGAAAAAGAAAGAAAGUUCUAUAAUGCUCAGUGUUUUGAGCUGCCACAAAGGAAAUGUCAACAUAAUGGAAGAGCUUGGUGUUGGCGAUGUAGACGAUCUUGAAGUAUCUUAUGUUCGUGGUGCAGAUGGAUCAGACUGGGAUUCUGUCAGCACUAUCAGUAAAAGAACCACGCCUGGGUUGAAGAUCCCCUCCUCUGGCCUCGAGGAGUUUCAGACAUACGGUAAUUCUUCUGGUGGGGGACAGAAAGAAGAUUGUGGUCUUCCCAGAACCUCAACACCUAAGAGGAGCGGCAGCUUCGGGAAGAGUCUACCCAGCACUCCCUCCAGCUCUGCUCUGCUGCUCCAACCUCGUACAACCAAGAUAAGCUUUCAGACGCCAGGCGACGAAGAUUCAGAUAGUGAGAUCGAAAAGACUAGAGGCUCUCGAGAAAAUUCUCCAACUGGGCAUCGGCGACGGUUGACGCUUGUACCUGGUACUGCUGACGAGUCACAGACUACCGAAAACACUCACGGUUCGGAUUUUGAAGAGCACGAGGGGAAGCUGGCCAGCAAAACAACAGGUGCUAUGGCGGCGCAUCGAAAGUUGUGCGUUUCCCGCGAUGCCAGUGAAGCAAGCGGCUCGGAGAAGCCUGGGACCAGUGUAUGUUUAAGUUUGGUUCAAGCUGGAAGAUCUAAUCAGGAAUAUCAGCUUGAUACCGGCCAAAGAGCUCCAGUUGUGCAGAGCUGCAGUGGUAUAAAACAAGGUGGAGAAGGGAAAUUACAGCUGGAGCUGAUGGUCCAUUGGGCCCGGCAAAGUGGAGGCCCUCAGGCCAGCAUACAAGGUAGUCGACCAGCCACACCUGAGGUUGAGGAAAGCCCUAUAACUGACCUAUCGGAAGAUGAAGACAGGUCUACAGAUCGGCGGAAAAGCAAGGUGCAGAGUCUUGAAGACUUGAGCGUGCCUGACGAUCUAGAAGACCUCACCCAGUCGUCCGACACAGACGACGUGGACUCACACGCCUCAGGCUACCGUAAUGCAGCCUCCUUCAUGCAGAAGCUGGAGUCAUUCGCUCUGGAGCCCACGACUAUGGCAAAGAUACAGAACAUUUUCCACGAGUACGAGCGCUCCAUUCAAAAACUGCGAAGUCGCCAUGGGUACAUGUCAGAGAAGGUGAACCAGCUGGAAGCGGAAAGAGUGUCGCUGAAGGGCUUACUGGAGGAAGUCAGAGACGCCAGGGCUCUUCUGGAGCGCAACCAGCUGGAAGUACAGACUGAACUCACGAACAUCAAAUUUCAACUGAAACAAGAGCAGGAGAAUCGGCAGAAUGCCUCCAUGAUGUACGACACCACCAAAGACAAGUUGAAGCGGGUGGAGGAGCAGCAUCAGUUUGAGGUCCAGGACAAGCAGAAGGUGGAGCUGUCGCUGAGGAACAUGGAGCUGGAGAUGAGAACGCUCGCCAGCAGCAUGAAACAGCUUGAAGAGGAGCAACACGAGACUCAGAAGUUGCUGGCUCAGGAACGCACCGCCCGGGCCCUGCAGGAAAAUCUGCUCAACAAUCACCUCCGAAAGCAGAAGGAGAUUGAGGCGGAGAACAGGAAAAGCAUCAGCAGAAGCAAUGAGGCUUUGUCUCAGCUCACGGAGGCCAGCGACAGGGAAAGAGAUCUGCUUCGUCAGAUUAACGCGCUGCAGGAGCAGCUGGCCACGGUCAAGUCCGACUUCGAACAUUGCCAGACGGACAGCAGUCUCAAAGAAACCACUCUCCUGGAGGAGAACGAGGCCCUCAAGGAGCAGCUCGAGGACAUUCGUCAAGACCUCAAGCACAGCAACGAAACCGUGACCCAGACCGUGUUCGCUUGCAACAACCAGCUGUCGGCGCUGAAGACCGAGUUGGUGAAAACGACGAGCCAGCUGGAUCAGGAACGACAGGCUCGCGAGACGCUGGAGGCCGAGGCCGAGUCGACUCGGUCUCGCUUGGCCGCGGCCGUGAAGGAGAUCGAACUCCGCCUGGCGAAUCACGCAGACACAGAGAAAGCUCUGCUCAGAGAGAAGGAAGAAAACCAGAGACAGAAAGACCGACUCUUAAACGAAAUAACCACUCAGCGCGAGGCAGUCAGCAACCUGAAACAGAAGCUGGCCAUGGCCGACGCCAACGCAAACACCAUGGAGACCGAGAUCCAUCGGGUCUCCACGCAACUGACGGAGAAGAAUCUGCUGCUGGACGCCCUGCUGAAAGAGAAGGACUACGGGACGACGCGUGCCAAGGAGAUGGAAACGGCUCUGCAAACAGAGAAGGAGCUGACCAGUCGCAGCGUAGCGCGCCAAGAAGCGGCGGAAGAACGCCUCGCCCAUUCCCAGAGCGAGACCAUGUUGCUUCGGCAGCAGCUGGAAGAGGCCCAGAACCAAACCGCCGCGAAGGAGCGCGCCAUGACGGAAGCCCAGCAGCGCUUCAGCGACAUGCUGACCAAGCUGCGCGCCGACUGUGAAGAAAGAGUUCAGCUGCUCGAGGAGAGAAAUAAGGAGCUCGCCAGCAAGGCUGCUGAAUUUCGUGAUCUGAACCUCAAGUUAGAGGAAGAGAAGAAUCAGCGAGAAAACACUGUACGGCAGCUGCAGCAGGAGCUGGCCGACUCUCUCAAGAAGUUAUCGAUGUGUGAAGCUUCCCUGGAGGUCCUCACACGCUAUCGCAACGACCUGGAGGAAGAGAAAGCUCGGCUUCUCAAAGACAUCAAGAGACUCAGAGAAAAGCUUGAGGAAAUCGAAGAGAAGUACCUCCAGGCAGAGCGACAGAUGGGCAGUAUGAAAAUCAAAUUGGACGAAACGGAAAAGGAACUCAGCGCUACCAUUCGUAAGCUCCAAGAGAAGACGGCUGCCCUCCUGGCCUCUGAAAUCACCACCAAACAGUUGGAGGAAGCGUUGCUAAAGCUGGAGAUCGAGAACGCCAGGCUGGAAGGUAUUACGAAGCAACAGGCUGAUAAAAUUGAGGCUCUUCAGAGAAGUGCUGAGGAAGCCGUCGUGGUCCGUGCUCAUUUGGAGGAGUUGGUAUCGAACCUCCAGGGCAGCAAGAUUUCUUUGGAAGAGCAGCUGAAUAAAGAGCUGCACAAACAGAACAUGCUGUCUAACACCAUGCAGGACUCUCAGGCCCUGUGGGAGGAAGAGACGAAGAACCGCUCAAAGUUAGGACUGCGCCUGACAGAACUUGAACGAGAAAAAGGAGAACUCACAAACCAGAUGGAGAUUGAAAAGAAGAAAGCCAAGAAAAUCGCAGAGCAAAAGAAAGCGGUAGACACUCGCCUUGAUCAAGAGAUGAAGAGAAACAUGGAGCUUCAAAAAGAAAUGCACAGGCAACGAACUUUAUUAAAAAGUGCAAAGAAGAAGCUGCAGGGUCAAGAGUCUGGAGGAAAUUAUUCCUCUAGCCCUCAACGGCGACAGAGUCAGGCUGACGAGUGGAUGAACGACAAGGUGGAGGAUCUGCAGACAGAGCUGGAGAAGGAAACAUCUCGACGCUACACGCUGGAGCAGGUCAACGAGGAGCUUCAGGACCAGUUGGCCUCCCUGAAAGGCACGGGCAGAAACAACGGCGAGCUGGAGCGAAGCAAGAGGCACCUGGAGAACGAGGUGCGGGAGCUGAGACGCCAGCUGGAGAACAUCCAGCCCGACCAGAGCGUGCUGGAUCAGUACCGACGUGAAGCGGAGGAAAAAGCCCACCAGGAGAUGCAGCAGAAACUGGAUCAGGUCAACCUCUUCCUACAGUCCCAAGCGGCAUCUCAGGAAGCGCUGGAUGAGAUCAAAGCCGCCAACGAGGCCAACCUGCGCUCCCAGCUGGAACAGAAGAUCCGGGAGCUGGAAGGGGAGCUGAACCGAGCCCGCAACAUCCAGCAGGAGACAUUCAGCCAGAAAGAGACCACGCGCUCCGAGCUGGAGCGCUACCGACACCUCUACAACGAAGAGAUGCGCCUGCGGAUGUCCUUAGCUGCCAAACUGGAGAGGGCCAACAGCCGCCUCUCCGAAGCCAACUCCAAGUUGCUGAGUGAGCGCAGCAGGAGUCUUAUGAUGGGAAACAUUACAAGCGGAAGCCUGAUGGCGCCUUCUCUGGACAUGAACGCCUUGGCUACGCCAGCGAACCCCGGGACCUCGGUGGGGGCCCUCAAUAGGAACAUGAGCGUGGGAUAUCCCCUGCCCAGCACUGAGUCAGACGGACAGAACCAAAGGGUGGAGGACUACCUGGCUAAGAUGCAGAGAGAGCUGGACAAAAACAUAUCGAAAGAACUGAGACAAGCCACAGCGGAGCUGGACGCCGCCCCGGCCCGCCUGUCCCCGGUGGGCUCCGCCUCCAGAGUGGAGCUGGACCCCCUGAGCUGGGCCACGCAGCAGUAUUUGGAGGUGCUGAAGAAGAACCGGAGGAUCUGAACGCAGGUUUCUGCUCGCCACCGGAAAACUCUAAAGCGAAGACCAAGAAGCUAACGCUUUUUUUUUUUUUUUUUUUUCUAAAUCCUGUUGUCAUGAAAGAAAUAAACUUGACUGCAUGUUGCACUUACGCCCCCCUCCCCCUCACAGAAUGAGGGACGGACAAGACUCUGACCUAUAGACGACCUCAGAAGUAUUGGUUUUGCCGGCUGAAACUCUAGUUUGGAUUUGUGAAUUUUGGUGUUUUGGAAUUGCCGCUUUUUAGUGUUUGUAUUUAUCAUCAUUUUUGCCAAUUUAUGACUUUUGGUACAUGCCAUCCAAUGGUGCAAUAUCUGUGUUAAUGCUAAUAUAGAGUUGUGUCCUUCUCGGUUUAUUUGUUCUUUUGUGUAAUGAACAGUAUAUACUUGAACGUGACAAGCCGGAAUGCUCUCCGGCUAUAAAAUCAGGGUGACCACGGUUUUACAUUUUAGGUUGUUGUUGGUUUGAUGAAAGGGACAGCCGGUUUAUAUUUUGUUCCAUUAUCUUCUUGUUGUUUUAUAUUAUCUUAUAAUACUGUAAAAAAAAAAAAAAGGAAAACAUAUAUAUUUAAAUAUACAGAAAGGGUUUUUAAAGUAACGUUUCAUUCGCUGCAACAACAGUGGAAUCAAAAGUUUGUAUUCUGAAUAUAUUAGUAUGUAAAAAUGAAUAAAUGAAAAGCCACAUGGAGCAUA